ACACUAACGAUGCCACAAGAUAGAACCAAAAGGGUUGAUCGUGCAAAAAAUGGAUCUCGAUCUGCAACGGCAAACCGAUGGUAACCGAAAUCUACAGUCAGUCGCUGUUGAUCGUUAGACUUGGACGGUAGUGUGUCUUCAUUUGUGGUUAUCAUUCUUACAGAGUUUGGUGUACGGAAAAGCAGUUUAAGAUGCUUUCAUCAAUUGGAACGUAUCUUUGGAGUAACUCGAGCUCAGUUGAAAGUCCCCUUUCUGAAGUAACGUUCACCAUUAAUGGGAUUGCUUACACAGCCAAAACUGAGAACCUUUCAUUGGACACUUCGUUAAAUACGUUUAUACGAAACCAUGCACACCUGUCCGGUUCUAAGUUCAUGUGUCUUGAAGGAGGAUGCGGUGCGUGCAUCGUGAACGUAUCCGGGCUCCAUCCCGUUACAAAGGAAACUAAAUCCUGGUCCGCGAACUCGUGCCUUUUGCCCGUCUUCGCUUGCCAUGGUUUGGACGUCAAAACUGUCGAGAGUCUCGGCAACAAACGCGACGGUUACCACCCGAUACAGGAGCGUUUGGCACACAUGAACGGAAGCCAGUGUGGCUAUUGCUCACCCGGCAUGGUCAUGACCAUGUACAGCUUGAUGAAAUCGAAGCAGGGAGCUGUUUCGAUGGAGGACGUUGAGAAUGCGCUGGGUGGAAAUAUAUGUCGUUGUACCGGCUAUCGCCCGAUUCUCGAUGCGUUCAAGUCCCUUGCGUCGGUGUCCGAGCAAGAGCUGCCUGACAUUGAGGAGCUUAAGAUUUGUCCGAAAACGAACACCGCCUGCUCGGCCAAGUGCCCCGUGGCGGCCAGUCUCAUCGAACCGGGACGCCCCGUGCACCUUGUGGCUGGGGAUGAUCGAGAGUGGCAUAAGGUUUAUACACUGGCGGAAAUAUUUGCCAUCUUUAGUAAGAUUGGAACACGGCCAUAUAUGCUGCUGGCAGGAAAUACAGCACACGGUGUCUACCGGCGUAGUGAGUCUCUGAAAGUGUUCAUCGACAUUACCUCAGUAGAGGAACUUCGCAACUACUUCCUGCGAACAGGAGAGCUGAUCGUCGGAGCAAACGUUACACUGACCGAGUUCAUUGAGAUACUGGAUAAAACCGCCAAAAAACGACCAAACUUUAGAUACUGUGGAGAAAUUGCUCGACACUUGCGGCUGAUUGCAAACCCUGCAGUACGAAAUGCUGGAACGAUUGCAGGCAAUCUGACCCUCAAGAAUCAAUACCCACAGUUUCCAUCCGAUGUUUACAUUCUACUAGAAGCUAUUGGAGCAAAAUUAAUUGUCGCUGACUCUCUGGCAACGUACCAGGCAAAAACUGCGCAGGAAUAUUCACAGAUGGACCUGACGAAGAAGUUGCUGAAAGUUGUAUCACUUCCCCUUACUGACUCGUUCAACACGGCUUUCCGAUCGUACAGGGUGGCACCACGUGCUCAAAACGCUCACGCUUACGUCAAUGCAGCGUUUCUACUACGAAUGGCCAGCGAUAAAAUGAUUGUCAAGUCGGCUACACUCUGCUUCGGCGGUAUCAAUCCUAAAUUUACACACGCCUCUCGCACGGAAAAAUUGCUUGCUGGUAAACAGCUUUUCAAUAACACCACCAUCCAGCAAGCGAUCAACACACUUGCAUCGGAGGUACAAUCUGACUGGAUCCUACCGGACGCUUCAGCCGAAUAUCGUAGCGGUCUUGCAGUUUCUCUCUUCUACAAGUUUCUGCUUAGCGUAGCGACGGAUAACAAUGUUCCGCUUGAUCCUCGAUUCCGAUCAGGAUCCGCUAUGCUUCAGCGCCCCCUAUCGUCCGGACAGCAGUACUACGAUACGAACAAGAAAAACUGGCCCGUAACGAAAUACGUCCCAAAGCUGGAGGGGCUGGCCCAGACUUCCGGUGAAGCGAAGUACACAAACGAUUUUCCACCAUUUCCUGGGGAGCUGUAUGCCGCAUUUGUUGUUGCAACGCAACUGAACUCAACCAUCGGCAAGAUUGAUCCUACGGAAGCAUUGAAACUGCCCGGUGUGGUAGCGUUCUACUCGGCGAAACACAUCCCGGGAGUGAACAACUUCAUGUCCGACGGUAUGCACUUCUACUUCCCAGACGUGGAGGAGAUAUUCUGCAGUGGACGCGUACUGUUCCACGGCCAGCCGGUUGGAGUGAUCGUGGCCGAGCGGUUCGAUCAAGCAGUACGUGCUGCCAAGCAGGUGAACAUCAUUUACGAACGUAUCUCCGACGAACCAAUCUGCCCCACAAUUAAGGCGGUGUUGACCCAUCGAUCCAAAGAACGGAUUGUAAGCCAACCGGCCAGUAGCCGCACCAGCCAACAGGUAGACGUUCAAGUGUCGAAAAAACUGCAAGGAACCCUUGAACUAGCAGGACAGUACCACUACACGCUCGAGCCCCAAACGUGUGUCUGUGUGCCGAUGGAAAAUGGUAUGGACGUCUACGCGGCAACGCAAUUUAUCGAUCUGGUGCAGGUUGCGAUCGCUGCUGCACUCAAUGUGCCGGAAAACAGUCUCAACCUAACCGUGCGUCGCUUGGGCGGUGGCUUUGGUGCAAAGCUAACGCGUUCCUCUCACAUAGCUUGUGCGUGCGCUUUGGCAGCCCAUCUUACCCGACGACCGGUACGGUUCAUCAUGACCAUUGAGGCCAACAUGAGCACGAUCGGCAAGCGGUACAGCUGCGUCAGCAACUAUCAGGUAGAGGUUGAUAGCAAGGGCAAGAUACUAAAGCUUGCCAACAACUUCAUGCAAGACUACGGCUGCAAUCUGAACGAAAACGUUGUCGAUGAUGCAAAGGUAGUGUUCGGACUGUCGUACAAUUCCAGCGCGUGGAAGGUGGAAGGCAGUUCCGUUCUUACCGAUGCACCUUCCAACACCUGGAUGCGGGCCCCGGCCACUACCGAAGGCAUUGCCAUGGUUGAAACAAUCAUGGAACACAUCGCCUGGAUCACUGGGGUCGAUCCGAUGCAGGUCCGGCUAUCGAAUAUGCCGGCCGGCAGCAAGCUGGUUACGUUGAUGCCUCAGUUCCGUAAGGAUGUGGAGUUCGAUAAGCGGAAGCAAGCAGUGGACGAAUUUAAUGCGAAAAAUCGCUGGCGUAAGCGCGGCAUCGCCAUGGUUCCGAUGCAGUUCCCAUUGGUACAUUACGGUGCUCUACAUGCACAAGUGUCCAUUUACGCGAAGGAUGGAACGGUAGCGAUCAGCCACGGGGGUAUAGAGAUUGGACAGGGAAUUAACACCAAGGCGGCACAGGUUGCAGCCUUUACACUGGGUAUUCCGUUGGAGAAAAUUGCCAUCAAACCUACCACCAGCAUGACGUCCCCGAACGCCGCAAUGACUGGAGGAAGUAUGACUAGCGAGGUCGUAUGUUAUGCCAUUAAAAAGGCGUGCGAAAUACUUAACACUCGCCUGCAACCCGUCAAAGACGAGCUUAAAGCUGCCCCAUGGGAAAAGAUCACCCAGACGUGUUACGCUCGCGACAUCGAUCUAAGCGUUCUUUAUCAAUACAAAAAGUCCGAUCUUAAGCCAUACAGCAUCUGGGGGUUGAGUUGCGCCGAGGUGGAGAUCGAUGUACUUACCGGGCAGAUAAAGCUUUCGCGCGUAGAUAUUCUCGAGGAUACGGGCGAAAGCAUCAGUCCAGGCAUUGAUGUCGGCCAGAUCGAGGGAGCGUUCGUGAUGGGGGUCGGCUAUUGGCUAACGGAGGUCCUCGUCUACGAUAUGAGCAACGGUGCGCUGCUAACGAACCGUUCCUGGAACUAUAAGCCACCGGGCGCGAAGGACAUACCGGUGGAUUUCCGCAUUCGGCUCAUACAGACCGGUGAUAAUCCGUACGGGGUGUUACGAUCGAAGGCAACCGGUGAGCCAGCCUUAACCAUGGCCAUUGUGGUGGUGUUUGCACUGCGAUAUGCCUUGCGUUCAGCGCAGAAGGAUGCCGGACGGCCGGAUGAUUGGAUUGCGCUCGGAUCAGCAUCAACUCCGGAUCAAAUUUUCCUCAAAGCGUCUAACGCCUACGAGCAGUACAAGCUUAAAUAGAACGCAUCCUUAAGCAGAAUUAAUCAAUUAAUUGGUGGAGGGAUAUAAAAUCCUGGAUAAUGCUGAAAUAUUUUUUUAAAUUAAUA